UUGUUUCGAGGAUUCAAGUAAUUUUGUAAAUUAUGUCAAAUGUAACACUGCUAACCAGUAAAAGUAAACAUUUUAUUAAUAGUUAUUUGCGGGCGUGGUUAAAAGUACCAGCUCACAGUUUCAUUAUACUUGUUUGCAGAAAUAGAAAAUGAAACUUUAGUAAGGCAUCUGGCACUUUGUGUAGUCAUUCACUUGUGAAUUCUACAGACGUCACGAGAUACGCUUGGAAGUUUCAGGAGUUAAUAAAUGAAAAGAAGGCAAUAGGAACAGGAAAAUAAUGCUUGAGGAACUUAAGAAAUUGGAUUGCCACUUCACAUGGGACUUACAGAAGGAGGAUGCUGAUCUUAAUUUGUUGGAGAUCAAAUUCACUGAGAGUCUUUCAGUCCAAUCUACAGACAGAGGGAAUUUCAGACAAAGAGGCUUAAAUUUUUUGGCCUACAUUAAACACUUGAAGGGAUUAAAUGACAAGGCACUUGAGUGUUUGGAAAGAGCAAAGGAAGCAUGCAAUGAUCAUUUCCCAUGUGUUGUUACAUAUGGAAAUUUUGCCUGGGUGCACCAUCAUAUGGCUAAUGAUGUUAUAGCCAAAGUUUAUGUUGAGAAAUUGGCAGAAAUUCUUGGAGCGUUUCCUACUCCACCAGCUAAAUUGCUCAAUGAAGUCCAGAGUGAAAAGGCAUGGUCUUUCCUGCGAUUCUCCAAAAAGUACUACUGCAGAGCCAAGGAGAGCUUUCAGAAGGCCUUACAGAAUGAACCAGAAGACAGAGAGUGGAACACUGGCUACGCCUUCUCCCUGUUCCAUCUGGAAGGCCUGGAGGUCAGGGAGGACAAGCGCGUACCUUUCGAGCAGUCUUCUGCGGUGAUCGAGCUGAAGAGAGCCCUGACCCUGGACCCAGACAAUGCCAUGAUCCAUGUCUACCUGGGGCUGAAGUGCCACAAAAACAGGAGGAACGCAGAGGCCUGGGGACACAUGAGGAAGGCGUUAUGCAUGGCUCCAAAUGAUCUGAGUGUCAACCUGCAUGUCGCUAAAUUCAUGAAGAAAGAACAGUGCUAUGACAUGGCAUUGGAAGUGCUGCAUAAGAUUCUGGAGAAAGCCCCGGACUCGUCUCGUGUACAUCAUGAGAUUGCCAACAAUUACCGCUGGAAAGCCUGGCAGUUAGGAGACAUCCACAACCCGGAGAUUCUGAGCCUCUGCAUCCACCAUUCAGAAAAGGGCGCCCGCCUCAAUCCCAGCUUUAUCUAUCCACAGAUUGAGUUAGCGCUUAGGUAUGCUGAAAUUAAGGACUAUGCUAAAGCCAAGCAGAAGUUCAAGGAGUUGUUUGAGCUCACAAACCUGCAACCGGCUGAUCUCCAAGCCUGGCAUCGUCUGUAUGGAGACUUCAACUUGUACCGCCUGGGUUCAGAGGCAACUGCAGUCAACCAUUACAAAGAGGGCAUGGUACUGCAAAAUAUAUCCACUGAAUGGAGGAUGUGCAGAAACAGACUCUACAAAAUUCUUCGCAAUAACAGAAAAGAUGUGUAUCAGAUUCAAGAGUUCAUUAAUUCCUUUGCUAAGAAAUAAACUGCCUUUGGUCUCCAAAAGAAUCAUGGGUAAAUUUUAAUAAUACUGACAACUGUGAAUUAUCCUUAAUGGUCAGGCAUAAGAAAUAUUAGAACAAAAAUAUUCCUAAUACUUUUUCUUCCAACAGAAAAGCCUUACAUCUUUGAAAUAGCCAUACAUAUAGAAAAAAAUAUUAGAAAUAGUUUAACAUAGCUUCCAUUAUAUCAAGCACAGAUAUAGCAAUUUGCAUUUUAAAAUGUGUAGUAAGUUAACUUAUCUUUUACUUUGAGAUGCUUUUAACAUUUACUUUUUUAAAAAUAUACAAUUUUACAGUGCAUGCAAUGACUUACAUUGAUUUAUAUUAGAAAUAAUUAUUUUAUAUUAAGAACUUUCAAGUGGAGCGCAGGAGUUUCAAAUGACUCGCUAUUAUGUGGCGUGUUGUUUUUGGAUUCAACCCAGAUUUUCACUGAUUGUUCAGCGUGACUGAAAGUGCAGAUUUCACCUAUUUCUAUCUGCAGCACAAACGUAUACAAAAUAAUGAUUUUGGCGAGUCAAAAUGUGCAUUAUAAAACCUAAAGGGACAU